CGGCUCCGCGGGGCCCGCCCGCCCCUCCCGGGUCCUUCCACGUCCCCUCCCGGGAGGGACCCACACCUGAGCCCGGACCCACCCCCGGCCGGGGCCACGCUGGAUCCGCCUCCCGGCCUGGGUCCCGCCCGCCGGCUGCAGGUGGGCUGCAGCGCCGGAGCCGCGGGCAGUGGGCGGCGGGGAAGGAGGUGAGCCGCGUCCGUGCCGGCUGACGCUCCGGUCCUUGCCCCCGCCGCUGCGCUCUCCUCCUCCCUUUCCCGCAGGCAGGGCGCGGAGUCGCGCGCCCGCCCCGCCGCCGCCGCCUUGUCCCUCUGGGGCACCAUGGAGCUCUCCCCGUCGUCCGGAGGAGCCGCGGAGGCGCUGUCCUGGCCGGAGAUGUUCCCAGGACUGGAGUCCGACUCGCCGCUACCCCCGGAGGAGCUGGAAGCGGUUGUCCCAGUCGGUGGGGCCGUGGCUGGUGGCAUGUUGGAUCGGAUCUUUCUGGAGUCCGUGUGCCAGCAACAGAGCUGGGUCCGGGUGUACGAUGUCAAGGGGCCACCUACCCAUCGUCUGUCUUGUGGCCAGUCACCCUACACAGAGACCACAACAUGGGAGCGGAAGUAUUGCAUCCUCACAGACAGCCAGUUGGUGUUGCUCAACAAGGAGAAGGAGAUACCUGUGGAGGGAGGACAGGAGCAACAGACGGAUUCCAGCAAAGGGCGAUGCCUGAGGAGAACCGUCAGUGUCCCUUCCGAGGGCCAGUUUCCUGAGUACCCACCAGAGGGCGCCACCAAACUGGAGGUGCCGGCAGAAAGGUCCCCCCGCAGACGGAGUAUCUCAGGGACCAGUACAUCAGAGAAACCCAACUCCAUGGACACUGUAAAUACCUCACCCUUCAAAGUACCAGGGUUCUUCAGCAAGCGCCUGAAAGGCUCCAUCAAGAGGACCAAAAGCCAAUCAAAACUUGACAGAAACACUAGCUUUCGGCUUCCAUCCCUUCGUAACGCAGAUGACAGGGCUCGUGGUUUGCCUAAACUAAAAGAGUCACGUUCCCAUGAGUCCUUGCUGAGCCCUUGCAGUGCAGUGGAAUGUCUGGAUCUUGGCAGAGGAGAGCCUGUAUCAGUGAAACCUCUCCAUAGUAGCGUCCUUGGACAAGACUUCUGCUUUGAGGUUACGUACUUAAGUGGAAGUAAAUGCUUCAGCUGUAACUCUGCUUCAGAGAGAGAUAAGUGGAUGGAAAACCUUCGUAGGACAGUUCAGCCAAAUAAGGACAAUUGCAGACGAGCUGAAAAUGUUCUUCGUUUAUGGAUCAUUGAAGCCAAGGACCUUGCCCCUAAAAAGAAAUAUUUCUGUGAACUGUGCCUUGAUGAUACCCUCUUUGCUCGUACAACCAGCAAGACCAAAGCAGAUAAUAUUUUCUGGGGUGAACAUUUUGAAUUCUACAGCCUUCCACCUCUUCAUAGCAUCACAGUUCACAUUUAUAAAGAUGUGGAAAAAAAGAAGAAAAAAGACAAGAAUAAUUAUGUAGGGCUAGUCAACAUUCCCACUGCCAGUGUGACUGGUCGUCAAUUUGUAGAAAAGUGGUAUCCAGUGAGUACCCCUACACCCAACAAAGGAAAGACAGGAGGACCUUCUAUUCGGAUUAAAUCACGUUUCCAAACUAUCACCAUUCUGCCUAUGGAGCAAUACAAAGAAUUUGCAGAAUUUGUCACCAGCAACUACACCAUGCUGUGUUCUGUCCUUGAACCAGUAAUUAGUGUGAGAAAUAAGGAGGAGUUGGCCUGUGCCUUAGUGCACAUUCUUCAGAGUACUGGCAGAGCCAAGGAUUUUCUCACCGACUUGGUGAUGUCUGAGGUGGAUCGCUGUGGAGAGCAUGACGUCUUGAUCUUCAGAGAGAACACCAUUGCCACCAAAUCCAUUGAGGAAUACCUUAAGUUGGUGGGACAACAGUAUCUUCAUGACGCAUUGGGGGAGUUCAUCAAAGCUUUGUAUGAGUCAGAUGAGAACUGCGAAGUGGACCCCAGCAAGUGUUCCUCUAGUGAACUGAUAGACCAUCAGAGCAACCUGAAGAUGUGCUGUGAGCUGGCUUUCUGCAAGAUCAUCAACUCCUACUGUGUUUUCCCUCGUGAGUUGAGAGAAGUGUUUGCAUCUUGGAAGCAGCAGUGCCUGAACCGCGGCAAGCAGGACAUCAGUGAGCGGCUCAUCAGUGCCUCAUUGUUCCUCCGUUUCCUGUGCCCCGCCAUCAUGUCUCCCAGUCUCUUCAACCUUAUGCAGGAGUAUCCUGAUGACCGCACAUCUCGCACCCUGACUCUGAUUGCCAAGGUCAUUCAGAACCUGGCUAACUUUGCCAAAUUUGGUAACAAAGAAGAAUACAUGGCAUUCAUGAAUGAUUUUUUAGAGCAUGAAUGGGGUGGAAUGAAGCGCUUUCUUUUGGAGAUCUCUAAUCCAGACACCAUCUCAAACACCCCAGGCUUUGAUGGUUACAUUGAUCUGGGCCGAGAGCUUUCAGUUUUGCAUUCCUUACUGUGGGAAGUAGUUUCCCAACUUGAUAAGGGUGAAAAUUCCUUCCUACAGGCGACCGUGGCAAAAUUGGGACCUCUGCCUCGAGUUCUUGCUGAUAUUACCAAGUCUCUGACUAAUCCUACACCAAUACAACAGCAACUGAGACGCUUCACUGAGCAUAACUCCAGUCCAAAUGUCAGUGGAAGCCUCUCCUCUGGGCUGCAGAAAAUAUUUGAAGACCCCACUGACAGUGAUUUGCAUAAGCUAAAAUCUCCAAGCCAGGACAACACAGAUAGCUAUUUCAGAGGGAAAACAUUAUUGCUGGUUCAGCAAGCCUCCUCCCAGAGCAUGACUUACUCUGAAAAGGAUGAAAAGGAAAGUAGCCUUCCUAACGGUCGGAGCAUCUCCCUCAUGGACCUUCAGGACCCUCACGCUGCUCAAGUGGAGCAUGCGUCUGUCAUGCUUGAUGUGCCUAUGCGCUUAACUGGAAGCCAGCUUUCCAUCACCCAGGUGGCCAGCAUCAAACAACUGCGGGAAACCCAGAGCACCCCCCAGAGUGCACCCCAAGUGAGAAGGCCCCUGCACCCAGCCUUGAACCAGCCAGGCAGCCUCCAGCCCUUGUCAUUCCAGAACCCUGUCUAUCACCUCAAUAACCCAAUUCCAGCAAUGCCAAAGGCCUCUGUGGAUUCCAGUUUGGAGAAUCUAAGCACUGCCAGUUCCAGAAGCCAAAGUAACAGCGAAGAUUUCAAACUCAGCGGGCCCAGCAAUAGCAGCAUGGAAGACUUCACCAAACGCAGCACCCAGAGCGAGGAUUUCUCGAGGCGGCACACUGUGCCGGACAGACACAUACCUCUUGCUCUGCCACGGCAGAGUAGUACCGGGCAGGCCCCCAUCCGGAAGAUGGACCAGGCUGGGUUAGGUGCCCGAGCCAAAGCCCUGCCGUCCCUGCCGCACAGUGCUUCCUUACGGAGCACGGGGAGCAUGUCGGUGGCGUCUGCGGCGCUAGUGGCCGAACCUCUGCAGAACGGGAGCCGGUCCCGGCAGCAGUCCUCCUCCUCUAGAGAGAGCCCCGUGCCCAAAGUGAGAGCGAUCCAGAGACAACAGACACAGCAGGUGCAGUCCCCUGUGGACUCUGCCACAAUGUCCCCAGUAGAGAGGACAGCAGCCUGGGUGCUGAACAAUGGGCAGUAUGAAGAGGAUGUGGAAGAGACUGAGCAAAAUCAAGAUGAAUCCAAGCAUGCUGAGAAGUAUGAGCAGGAAAUCACGAAGCUGAAGGAGCGCCUGCGCGUGUCCAGCCGGCGGCUGGAGGAAUAUGAACGCCGCUUGCUGGUGCAGGAACAGCAGAUGCAGAAGCUGCUGCUGGAGUACAAGGCCAGGCUGGAGGACAGCGAGGAGCGCUUGCGCAGGCAGCAGGAGGAGAAGGACAGCCAGAUGAAGAGCAUCAUCAGCAGGCUGAUGGCUGUGGAAGAGGAACUGAAGAAGGAUCAUGCUGAGAUGCAAGCAGUUAUUGAUGCAAAGCAAAAAAUAAUUGAUGCACAGGUCAUAAAUGGAGAUGAGAUUAUUCAAACAGGAAAAGCGGAUCGUGUCCCUGGAUUCGGCCAACACCAGACUGAUGAGCGCGCUGACGCAAGUGAAGGAGCGGUACAGCAUGCAGGUCCGCAAUGGCAUCUCCCCCACCAACCCCACCAAGCUUUCCAUCACGGAGAAUGGUGAAUUCAAAAACAGCAGCUGCUGACGGCCUUUGUGACCACACAGACUGUGGGAGGAGACAGAAGGAAAUGUCCCCGCUCUCCUGGCCCCAGACCUCUCCCCGACCCCCCCAGGUUUACAGAAUGUUGCUACUUCCGAACAGCAGAGUGGCGAGACACUCUCAAAUGAAGAAAGGAACCUUGUCUUUCAGGGCAUAAGGCUAAGACUUCCAAGGUCGAUGCUUUCCCCCCAUGUCUCUAUGUACAUAGGGAACUUAGUUCUGGGCCAUGUACAGAAAAUACCACUGUAAUAUACCAAAAGGAAGUGAAUAAUGUAGAUUACCUUUUUAAUUAUUACUAUUUUUAUUAUUGUUUUCCUCUUGUUGAGAGCACUGCGGUUGUUAGAGGAGGAAAAAGUAGGAACGACAUGUGAGUGAGAGAUGAGCCCGCGGGCUCGGUAGGUAGAGACCAAGUGUCUAUCGGAUAGAAGCACGUGGAGUGCAAUAGGACAUCGUCAGAAUGAAUUUUUCAGGGAUUCAUCUGCCAGUCUAAAAACCCCACUCUGGCCCCCUUGACCUUUAGGAGAACAUGCAAAUACCAAGAACCAACCAAAACAAUCGAUCCCAUUGAUCAACCAAGACUGGUUCUGAAUGGACAGCUAAUGUGAUUUGGGGAUACACUGUUUCAGAAGACACAGAUAAGAGCUGUUGCAUCAAAACUGGACUUUAGGAGUGGUUUCUAUUGAACUCCUGUUGAUGUUCAUUUCCUUCUGUCUAGAGCAGAUGGGAAUUUUCCAUUUUAGAUAGGGGGCUUUUUUUAACCCCAGUUGUAAUAAAGGGUGUUCUUUUUCCUCUUUAGAGUUUA